AUGGGCAAUGCACCGAUUUGCCAGUCUUGUCAUUCAGAUAAGGGUUUAAGAACACAAGGGAACAUCCAGGAUUUGGAUAAAACCCCUGACUAUUACGGAUGCAACAGCGAAGAAAGUAAAGAUCCUGAAGCCCUGUCUGACAGCAAUGCAAGCUUUCUCCGAGCUGCCAGAGCUGGCAAUCUGGACAAAGUAGUGGAAUACCUGAAAAGCGGAAUAGACAUUAACACGUGUAAUCAGAAUGGACUCAAUGCUCUGCACCUGGCAGCUAAAGAAGGCCAUGUGGGACUGGUACAAGAAUUAUUGGAAAGAGGGUCAGCUGUGGAUUCUGCCACAAAGAAAGGGAAUACAGCCCUGCACAUUGCAUCCUUAGCAGGACAAGCUGAAGUUGUCAAAGUUCUGGUUAAGGAAGGAGCCAAUAUUAAUGCACAGUCUCAGAAUGGCUUUACUCCUUUAUAUAUGGCAGCUCAAGAGAACCACAUUGAAGUGGUGAAAUAUCUCCUGGAGAAUGGAGCCAACCAAAGCACAGCUACUGAGGAUGGUUUCACUCCUCUAGCUGUUGCACUACAACAAGGACACAACCAGGCAGUGGCCAUCCUCCUGGAAAAUGACACCAAGGGGAAAGUGAGAUUACCAGCUCUGCAUAUUGCCGCUAGAAAAGACGACACCAAAUCAGCGGCGCUCUUACUGCAGAACGACCAUAAUGCCGAUGUGCAGUCCAAGAUGAUGGUGAAUAGGACGACUGAGAGUGGCUUUACACCUUUGCACAUAGCUGCGCACUAUGGAAAUGUCAAUGUGGCGACACUUCUGCUAAACCGAGGAGCUGCAGUCGAUUUCACAGCAAGGAAUGGAAUCACCCCACUGCAUGUGGCUUCCAAAAGGGGAAACACAAACAUGGUGAAGCUCUUGUUGGAUCGUGGAGGGCAGAUCGAUGCCAAAACCAGGGAUGGACUCACCCCACUCCACUGUGCUGCAAGAAGUGGACAUGACCAGGUUGUGGAGCUGCUCCUGGAACGAGGCGCUCCCCUGCUUGCACGGACCAAGAAUGGACUCUCUCCGCUUCACAUGGCGGCCCAGGGGGACCACGUGGAAUGCGUCAAACACCUACUGCAGCACAAAGCUCCCGUGGAUGAUGUCACGCUGGAUUACCUGACCGCCCUCCAUGUGGCCGCACACUGCGGCCACUAUCGUGUCACCAAACUCCUUCUGGACAAGAGAGCAAAUCCCAAUGCUCGUGCCCUGAAUGGUUUUACUCCACUGCACAUUGCCUGCAAGAAAAAUCGCAUCAAAGUCAUGGAACUCCUGGUGAAAUAUGGGGCUUCAAUCCAGGCUAUAACAGAGUCGGGCCUCACACCAAUACACGUGGCUGCAUUUAUGGGCCACUUGAACAUAGUCCUCCUUCUGCUGCAGAACGGAGCCUCUCCCGAUGUCACUAACAUUCGUGGAGAAACUGCAUUGCACAUGGCAGCACGUGCUGGGCAGGUGGAAGUAGUUCGCUGCCUCCUGAGAAACGGGGCCCUGGUUGAUGCCCGAGCCAGGGAAGAACAGACUCCACUCCACAUUGCUUCUCGCUUGGGUAAAACGGAGAUCGUCCAGCUUCUGCUACAGCACAUGGCCCACCCUGAUGCCGCAACAACUAAUGGGUACACUCCGCUGCACAUCUCUGCCAGAGAGGGACAAGUUGAUGUCGCGUCAGUUCUCCUAGAGGCGGGUGCCUCGCACUCCAUGUCCACCAAGAAGGGAUUCACACCUCUGCACGUGGCAGCCAAAUAUGGGAGCCUGGAAGUGGCAAAACUCCUGCUGCAGCGUCGUGCCUCUCCCGAUUCCGCCGGCAAGAACGGCCUCACCCCCCUCCACGUGGCGGCCCAUUACGACAACCAGAAGGUGGCGCUGCUGCUGCUGGAGAAGGGCGCCUCGCCCCACGCGACCGCCAAGAAUGGAUACACCCCUCUGCAUAUUGCUGCCAAGAAAAAUCAGAUGCAGAUAGCUACCACUCUGUUGAACUAUGGGGCUGAGACCAACAUUUUGACCAAGCAGGGAGUCACCCCGCUUCAUUUGGCCUCCCAAGAAGGUCACACUGACAUGGUGACCUUGCUUUUGGAGAAAGGAUCCAAUAUCCAUGUGGCAACAAAGACUGGACUGACAUCUUUACACCUUGCAGCUCAAGAGGAUAAAGUGAACGUAGCUGAAAUACUCACAAAACACGGUGCAAACCAAGAUGCUCAGACAAAGCUUGGUUAUACACCUUUAAUUGUGGCGUGUCACUAUGGAAACAUCAAAAUGGUGAAUUUUCUUCUCAAGCAGGGAGCAAAUGUCAAUGCGAAAACAAAGAAUGGGUACACCCCUCUUCACCAAGCUGCUCAACAAGGCCACACUCACAUCAUUAACGUUCUUCUCCAACAUGGGGCCAAGCCCAACGCCAUCACCACUAAUGGUAACACUGCCUUAGCUAUUGCAAGGCGUCUGGGAUAUAUCUCAGUGGUCGAUACGCUGAAGGUUGUAACGGAGGAGAUUACCACCACCACAACUACUGUAACAGAGAAGCACAAGCUCAAUGUACCUGAGACAAUGACUGAGGUCCUGGAUGUUUCGGAUGAAGAAGGUGAUGACACAAUGACAGGAGAUGGAGGAGAGUACCUUCGGCCGGAAGACCUCAGAGAACUAGGAGAUGAUUCUUUACCAAGCAGCCAAUUCUUAGAUGGUAUGAACUACCUAAGGUACAGCUUGGAAGGAGGACGAUCUGACAGCACCAUGCCCAGUUCAGACAGGUCCCACACACUGAGCCAUGCCUCCUACCUGAGGGACAGUGCCAUGAUUGACGAUACGGUUGUAAUCCCCAGCCAGCAGGUAACAACUCUGGCCAAAGAAGCUGAAAGGAAUUCAUAUCGCUUAAGCUGGGGCCCUGAAAACUUGGACAAUGUGGCUCUUUCUUCCAGCCCUAUUCAUUCAGGAUGCUCUUCUCCAUGUCUUGAUCAUGACAACAGCAGCUUCCUAGUUAGUUUCAUGGUGGAUGCUCGUGGGGGUGCCAUGAGAGGUUGCAGACAUAACGGACUACGAAUCAUUAUUCCUCCGCGGAAAUGCACUGCUCCAACACGAGUGACUUGCCGGUUGGUGAAACGCCACAGACUGGCCACCAUGCCUCCCAUGGUGGAAGGCGAAGGUCUGGCUAGCCGCCUGAUUGAAGUUGGACCUUCUGGUGCUCAGUUUCUUGGUAAACUUCAUCUGCCUACGGCUCCUCCCCCACUUAAUGAGGGAGAAAGCUUGGUCAGCCGAAUCCUUCAGCUGGGGCCUCCUGGGACCAAAUUCCUUGGGCCUGUGAUUGUGGAGAUUCCCCAUUUUGCUGCUCUGCGUGGGAAAGAGAGAGAGCUGGUAAUCCUGCGCAGUGAGAACGGGGACAGCUGGAAGGAGCAUUUCUGUGAAUACACUGAGGAUGAACUGAAUGAAAUCUUGAAUGGGAUGGAUGAAGUACUUGACACUCCAGAGGAGCUUGAGAAGAAACGCAUCUGCCGCAUCAUCACCCGAGAUUUCCCUCAGUACUUUGCAGUGGUAUCCCGGAUCAAACAGGACAGCAACCUUAUUGGACCUGAGGGAGGUGUGCUGAGCAGCACUGUUGUACCCCAAGUGCAGGCAGUCUUCCCAGAAGGGGCUCUAACCAAACGAAUUCGCGUUGGCCUCCAGGCUCAACCUAUGCAUACGGAACUUAUAAAGAAGAUUUUGGGCAACAAGGCUACCUUCAGUCCUAUAGUCACACUGGAGCCCAGGAGAAGGAAGUUCCAUAAACCCAUCACGAUGACGAUUCCCGUCCCCAAGGCCUCCAGUGAUGGGAUCAUGAAUGGUUAUGGAGGCGACACACCCACUUUAAGGUUACUAUGCAGCAUAACAGGAGGAACCACCCCUGCCCAAUGGGAAGACAUCACUGGAACAACACCACUGACAUUUGUUAAUGAAUGUGUUUCCUUCACGACAAAUGUGUCUGCCAGAUUUUGGUUGAUAGACUGUCGACAGACACAAGAAUCUGUUACUUUUGCUUCCCAAGUGUACAGAGAGAUUAUCUGUGUCCCCUACAUGGCCAAAUUUGUGGUGUUUGCCAAGUCACAUGAUCCCAUUGAAGCACGGUUAAGAUGUUUUUGCAUGACAGAUGACAAGGUGGAUAAAACUCUAGAACAGCAAGAAAAUUUUGCUGAAGUUGCCAGAAGCAGGGAUGUAGAGGUGUUAGAAGGAAAACCCAUCUAUGUUGACUGCUUCGGCAAUUUGGUGCCACUAACAAAGAGUGGGCAACAUCAUAUAUUCAGUUUUUUUGCCUUCAAAGAAAAUAGACUUCCUCUGUUUGUUAAGGUGCGAGAUACCACUCAAGAACCCUGUGGACGAUUAUCAUUCAUGAAGGAGCCAAAAUCUACAAGAGGCCUCGUUCAUCAAGCCAUAUGUAAUUUAAACAUCACUUUACCUGUUUACACAAAGGAAUCAGAAUCAGAUCAAGAACAAGAAGAAGAGGUUGAUAUGACUUCAGAAAAAAAUCAACAGGAUGAUCAGGAAAGGACAGAGGAAAGACUGGCCCACAUUGCUGACCAUCUUGGAUUCAGCUGGACAGAGCUAGCAAGAGAACUGGAUUUCACAGAAGAACAAAUCCACCAGAUCCGCAUUGAAAAUCCUAAUUCACUUCAAGACCAGAGCCAUGCACUCCUCAAAUACUGGCUUGAAAGGGAUGGGAAACAUGCAACAGAUACAAAUCUUACCCAAUGUCUUACAAAAAUCAACCGCAUGGAUAUUGUUCACCUAAUGGAGACCAGCGGCAUAGACUCCAUGCAGGUCCAUGGCACUCGCACGUACGCAGAAAUUGAACAAACAAUAGGAUUGGACCAUAGUGAAGGGUUUUCUGCACUGCAAGAAGAACUGUACAGUUCAAGACAUAAGAAAGAAGAACAACAUAGAAUAUCUAAAGACAUUGAGCCAACUGAACACCCUCCUAUUGUCUCUGAGGAAGACGUGUCUGUCAGUUAUUCUCCUUUUCAGGACAGUACUCCCAGGAGUGAGGCAGAAGUAUCAAUGGCUGAGCUCCUGAGACAAGCACAUAAGGAACAAGUAGAAGUUGAAUUCUCAGGGAAACCCCAAGAUGUGCCAGAAAAAACAUCUGCUUCACAACAUGAAUAUUUUGUCAGAACUCCAGGAACAGAGCAGUCUACAGCACCAGUAACUGGAAAAGCAGCAAGUGAAAAAUCUGCACACUUCAGUGCAGCAAAGGAAGAGAGAGAAAAAACAUCCCCACAGCCCCCAUCACCUGCUCAGAGAGGUGACUCUCCCAUCAUCCAAGAGCCCGAGGACCCCCAACUCCACCAUGAUGACCUCUCUCCAAGGAGAACUAGUCUAGUGAUAGUGGAGUCAACUGAUGAGCAGACAGAAAAGUUUGGAAGAGGCUAUGAAGAGGAAUCUUUAGAAAAGGAGUUAGCAGAGGAGUUAGGUGGGCUGGACACCAGCUCGGACGAGGAUGAGAUGGUCACUACCAGGGUCAUUCGUCGCCGGGUGAUUAUUCAGGCUGAUAGUAUGCCUGAAAUGCUACCAGAAACAGUCACAGAAGAGCAAUAUACAGAUGAACAUGGCCACACAGUGGUAAAGAAGGUCACUAGAAAGAUCAUCCGGCGAUACGUUUCUCCAGAUGGCACAGAAAAAGAGGAGGUCCUAAUGCAAGGAGAACCACAAAAACCUGUCACUGUCGAAGAAGGAGAUGGCUAUUCCAAAGUUGUAAAACGGGUUGUGCUGAAGAGCGACAGUGAACAGUCAGAGGUGACCCUGUCUGAACCUGCUGUUUUGCCUAGUGCCUCCAAAUUCCAGUCUGAACCAGUGGAAGGCCGGAAGGUCAGCAAAGUCAUAAAGACCACUGUGCUGCAAGGAGAGAGAACGGAGAAACACCUGGGGGAUGCUAGCUUAGCUACUGAUCUUCCAUCAGCCAAAGAGGACUUUGAAGAGGCUUUGAGCUAUACAGGUAACCACAUGAAAGUUCAACUCCCCGCAUUAGUAGAGAAAGAAAUCACGAAAGAGGACGGAUCAAUUAUUAAAAGGACAACACUGAGUAAAGCCAGCACACAGAAGAGGACUGUGAUGAAGGAUCGGUACGGAAAACAUGUUCACAUAGAAGAGCUGGAAGACACACCAGAAGCACUACCACAGGAUGACCUCCAGCAUGACCUCCAGCAGCUUCUUAGACACUUCUGCAAAGAGGACUGGAAACAGGAGGCGAAGUGAGAAGCUGCCACCCCUCAACAUCACCACAUUACCAUCCAUCCCGUAUGCAGCAUUCAUCUUCUCUAGGUGUAGACGUUAUUACCUACAUAAUCACUGGAAGACACUGCCAUUUCUACUUGUGCAGAUGCAGUGAAUUCAUUUCUCCC